CCCACAGAACGAAUGAUGUCAUACCACCUCUGCACUUUGGGACUCAGGGCUUCGUAGGCGAGGACGCAGAAAUAGUCGCAGGUACUGUAAACAGCUCAACGAUUUCUAGCUCAGGAUAUCUGAACCCCUCCACAUAUCUCUCUAGAAAUCGGCCACAGUUUCUGGAGGUCUAGACAAUCGUGUAAUUCAUUCCUCAAGAAGUGCGACUCUUCUAGUUUGGACUAUUCUGUCCUAAGGUUGCAAGCUUCCAACACCCUGCCAGCAUGGCAUUGCAUGAAGCCUCCCAGAAUUCUGUGUUGGCACAACCAUCCUCUGGAGAUGUUCCUCCAGAUGGCACAGGCGUGAUCCAGCUCGAUCCGUGGCUCGAGCCAUACCGAGACGCCCUGAAACACCGCUUUUCCAAAGCCCAGCAAUGGAUCAAGACGAUUAAUGAGACAGAGGGAGGCUUGGAGAAGUUCAGUCGAGGGUAUGAAACAUUCGGGUUCACAUUCAGUACGGACGGCGAUAUAGUAUACAGAGAAUGGGCCCCCAACGCCGAGCAAGCCUUCCUCGUCGGAGAAUUCAACAACUGGAACAGGGACUCGCAUCCUAUGAAGAAGAACAGUUAUGGCGUAUGGGAGCUGUAUCUUCCCGCCCAGAACGGCGUUCCUGUCAUCCAACACAACACGAAAAUAAAGCUGUCCAUGAUCAUUCCUGGUGGAGCGAGGAUCGAGAGAAUACCAGCCUGGAUUACAAGGGUCACACAAGAUUUGUCAGUCUCCCCUGUUUAUGAAGCAGUGCUAUGGAAUCCACCCAAGUCAGAGGUAUACCACUUCAAGAAUCCACGACCACCCUAUCCGAAGAGCGUCCGUAUCUACGAGGCACACGUCGGUAUUUCGUCUCCCGAGUUGAGAGUCGCGACCUACAAGGAGUUUACGAAGAACAUGCUCCCGAGGAUCAAGUGGUUAGGAUACAAUGUCAUUCAACUGAUGGCAGUCAUGGAACAUGCCUACUAUGCCAGUUUCGGAUAUCAGGUCAAUUCAUUUUUCGCAGCAAGUUCGAGAUACGGCAGCCCUGAGGACCUUAAAGAGCUCAUUGAUACUGCACAUGGCUUGGGGAUAACCGUCCUUUUGGAUGUCGUACACUCUCAUGCAAGCAAGAAUGUCCUCGAUGGUCUGAACCAGCUUGACGGCAGCGACCACCUAUACUUCCACGAAGGUGCAAAAGGUCGACAUGAGCUGUGGGACUCACGACUCUUCAACUACGGCCACCACGAAGUCCUGCGCUUUCUGCUCUCAAAUUUAAGAUUCUGGAUGGAGGCCUACCAAUUCGACGGAUUCCGCUUCGACGGUGUUACCUCAAUGCUGUACACUCAUCACGGCAUUGGUACGGGUUUCUCAGGUGGCUACCACGAAUACUUCGGUCCUGGUGUGGACGAAGACGGCGUUGUCUAUCUGAUGCUAGCAAACGAGAUGCUCCACAGCCUCCACCCACAAACCAUAACAAUUGCAGAAGACGUCUCAGGCAUGCCUGCAUUGUGCCUGCCGUUGUCAUUAGGCGGCGUGGGCUUCGAUUACCGACUUGCCAUGGCUGUACCGGACAUGUAUAUCAAGCUGGUAAAGGAGCAGCCGGACGACGAGUGGGACCUCGGCAACAUAGCUUUCACAUUAACGAACCGAAGACAUGGCGAGAAGACCAUUGCUUACUGCGAAUCUCACGACCAAGCCCUAGUCGGCGACAAAUCGCUGAUGAUGUGGCUCGCCGACAAAGAAAUAUACACCCACAUGUCUGUGCUGACGGACCUGACUCCAGUCAUUGAGCGCGCCAUGUCCCUACACAAGAUGAUCCGGCUGAUCACCCACGGCCUUGCAGGUGAGGGCUAUCUCAACUUCGAGGGUAACGAGUUCGGUCACCCCGAGUGGCUUGAUUUCCCUCGCGCCGGUAAUGACAAUUCGUUCUGGUAUGCCCGCCGCCAAUUCAAUCUUCCGGAUGACCAUCUGCUGCGGUACAAGUUCCUCAACGAAUUCGACCACUCGAUGCAAUGGAACGAGGAGAAAUACGGCUGGCUGCACUCCCCUCAGGCGUACAUUUCUCUCAAGAACGAGACCGACAAGGUGCUCGUCUUCGAGCGAGCGGGCCUGCUGUGGAUCUUCAACUUUAACGCCCACAAGUCAUUCACAGAUUACCGUGUUGGCGUGGAACACGGAGGCGUGUAUAGAAUCAUUAUCGACACAGAUGACCCGCAAUACGGUGGCCUGGGACGGAAUGCGAAGGAUACCAGAUUUUUCACAACCGACAUGCCCUGGAAUGGCCGCAAGAACUUUACACAGGUGUACCUUCCCACGAGGAGCGCUUUGGUCCUUGCUCUUGAAGACACGGUAUGAGCGACACAAAGCUAGGGCCAGGGGGCUGCGAGGGGUAUUUACGAACGGAUAAACGGGUAAGGUGCUCUACUCUGCUUGACAGAUUAUGAUCUGAAAAGCAAUGUAUCAUAUUUUUCC